AUGGAGUCAUCGAUCGACCGGCGAGCAUCCCCUGACGGCAUCUCGUCACUGUACCCGUCGAUUCCAGGGCGAUACGAGCUCGCCGAGCACCCAGCGACGUCAGCCCGCCAGUCCAACCAUCAUCGCAGCUACAAUGGCAGUGAUUCCAGCCAAGCAUCGAACAAGUCGCAAGAAGCGUGCGAACAGGCAUACCCUCUCCGACGGUAUACAACCCGCGCGGUCGUCCUCGUCACGGUGCCUCCGCUCCUCACCGCAUACUUCAUCCUCAUCAAUUGGGUGUACAUGGUUCCGGACCCCGACAUGAGCAAGUACGGACACCGGAACGGGGAGCUAGUCUUCUACUCGUGGUGGAUUCUGGGCGUCUUCGGGCUGGGACUGUCCAAGUAUGGACUGGCCGGGGUGGAGGCAGCCAUGCUGCACGACCGCUUCUGGCACGCGGACAACACCACGUCGCUGAUGAUGCACAGCGAGCACUCGUGGUCGGGGUUCGGCGGGUGGAUUCGAUGCUUAAACAUUCUAAUUCGGCGACGGAAGAUCCCCGCGCAGCGGUUAUGGUGGCUGCUGAGCCUGAUCACUCUCGCAGUCACGAUCGCACUGCCGUUAUCUGGGCUCAGCAUGGAGCUGUUUGACGGGUAUGUCCAGCUAUCAGCACACCCUCUCAUGAUGGGAUACUUUCCGGAGAGUUACAACAAUCGGACGGAGCAUCAGCCCACGGACCGGGGCUUCGUUGUAUGGCAGUCUGGCGCGGGCGUCAAUCUCCCUGGUGUCGGAAUUGCCUACACUGCGCCGGGGGUGGAUCGCAGUGAAUAUGGAUAUCUGGAGGAAUAUCCCAACUCCAUGUCCGUCGAGCAGGAAGUUCCGGAUCUGUUUCUUACUCCCCAGGCUGAGUCCCCGGUUAGUGGAAUUAUCUGGGGGCUUCGACUGUCGUACAACUGCUCGAUCGUGCACAAUGCGUCAGAGUUGACUAUUCUGCCGCGGAAGGGUCAAUUUCAUGCUGUCAACAGUGAUGCCGCCUCUACCAGGUUAGAGUCCGGUUUGGUUCCGGGCAAGACAGAAUGGAUCGACGUGUACAACACCACCAUGAAGAACCUUCUCGCGUACGUUGAAUUCGGCAACGGCGGUAACACAACCAGAGACAAUUACUUGGACGUGGAACGGUUCGCAGGGGACGGCACGAUCUCCGACCCCGAGAUCCUCGAGAUCGUCGUCUGGCAGAUGCUAGUCCAGGAGCCCUCGAUGCGAUCAGUUCCUCUCAAAAUAUUCAACCGCGAAAUCGCUCACCCCGUGGCCGGGCUAGGCAGUCCAAUCACCGAGAACCACCACGCAAACGAAUCAUUCCUUGCCAUCGAGCCCAAGGAGAGGACCAGCCCCCUCAACCGCCAUCUCGACCUAUCCAAAAUCAUCGAAGUCGCCUCACCCAUCGGCGUACGAUGCCAAUCCGCAUCCACACUAGGCAGCGCACGAGUCGACCCCAGCGACUCGUCCUUCCACAACUUCACCCGCAUCCCACCGGUCCCCGGAGACUACAGCGAAGGCAACGUGCGCCUCCGCACCGAGCCCUUCGGAUACGGGCCUGUCGACUUCCUCCGUCCAAUGAACGACCACCCCAACGUCUUCCACAACCUGCUGCAGUCCGUCAACUCGUACCCGCAGAAAGUGCUCAGGAACGCCAGUUUCUACGACCAGUAUUUCCAGUCCGAGCAGCUGCUGAGCUCCGCGAUGCGGGCUUACGCGGUGGACGCGCUGCAGGUUAUGUACGAUGGGAUAUACACGUUUAAUAAUACGCGCUUGGGCGAGAACCUGACUGCGUCGCGGCCGGGGAAGGUCCUUGGGCCUGGUGAUUUGCCGCCGCAUGCUCCGGCUGUUUUGUUUGGCGUUUGGGCGACGGGAUGUGUUCUGCUUGGUUUGUGGUAUGGGUUUCGGUUGCGGUGGGCUGAGACGCUGAAUGGGUAUAGUUUUUUGCGGUUUGAACCGUCACUUCCGCGGUGA